AUGUCGACUGCUGAGUCCGAGGCCGGUGUCAAUGGCCAAAAAUCAUUCACGAUCCUGUACUGGGGUCCCGCCACUUCCUACACUUUGAAAGAGAAGGAGACGUUGCUCGCUCAUCUACCAAUUUCUACAGCGAGAUUGUUCGAGAUGCUAGAGGAAAAGUAUGCUGGGAUAAAAUCCAAAGUUUUGGAGAGCUGUAUGGUCACGGUCAACUUCAAGUAUGUUGAUGUUUCUGACAGUGCUUCCACCGAGUUGGUGAUCAACAAGGGUGACGAAGUGGCAAUCAUUCCGCCUGUGAGCUCUGGAUGA